AUGAGAAUGGGAAGAAUCAAGGGAGAAAGAACCCUAAGGUGUGAGACAUUGUGUAUUUGAAUUAAUGGUACGUAAAAACAAGGAGAGAAGGAAAGUGAAGUAAAAAUGUAAGAGAACAAACCUCAUUUUCUACGGUGAAAUUUGGAUGAUACGUACAAAAAAUGUAAGAAAGAGAGGAAUAUUUCAAUUUGGUUGGGAAAUUGGGAGGAUUGGCUUAGCCACUGAGUUUAACUUCCUUUCUCUUUCCCUUCUUUCUAUAUCUUCUGUCUUGGCCUCCGAUUCUUGCCUACCAUUUCUGACCUUUCUCUUAUUCCAUCCUUCUUCUUCUUCUUCUUCUUCUUCUUCUUCUUCUUCUUUAUUUUCUCAACUUUUACUCAUCCCCUUUCUCACAUCCACCUCUUCUCCGAUCAUCAUGUCGUUCAGAGGCCUCCGACGGCAAAACACUUUAUCUGCAAUGGGUGUGAAUGAACACACCAAGAAAACAUUCUCUGAACUACAAAGAAAGAAAAUGUAUCGAUAUGUGAUCUUUAAGGUUGAUGAAAAGAAAAGAGAGGUGGUGGUUGACAAGAUUGGCAAUCCUGCAGAGAGCUACGAAGAUUUCACUGCUGCUCUGCCCGACAAUGAUUGCCGCUAUGCUGUUUAUGAUUUCGAUUUCGUGACAUCUGACAAUUGUCAGAAGAGCAAGAUAUUUUUCAUAGCAUGGUCUCCAGCUAGCUCACGAAUCCGUGCUAAGAUGCUGUAUGCAACGUCUAAAGACAACUUUCGGCACGAGCUCGAUGGCAUCCACUAUGAAAUUCAAGCUACUGACCCUGCAGAGAUGGACCUGGAAGUGAUCAGAGACCGUGCACAAUGAACAUUCUCUGUUUGUUUAAUUUGUUGUUCCCUUGGGGAAUGCUGAUAUAUGGUGGAUCGACAUGAUGUUGCUGUCUGGUUGCUAUGAAUGCUUCGCGGAUGAAGAUAAGUUUGUAAUAGAAAAUGGCUUAGAAUCUAUCGAACCUUAUUAUCAUUGGAAAUUUGUUCUAUGAUGGAUCUGCCCCAUUGUCUGGUUUUUUUUUUCAUUAUGCCUUUAGAAUUUGCACUUUAUGAUGUGAAAUGAAGAACACGACUCAGUGUACCGAUUAUCGAA